UGGUUUGUAAACAAGAGGAAGUCUAGACUUCCAGCUGGCGCUUUUCGGGGGGCCUGCAGGUCUCUCCGCAGGGUGCCUCCCCUCUCACAAAGCUGCCCAAAUACCCUCUCAAGGAAAGGUACCUGUGCAUCGGGAGGGCUAAGAGGCUUCAUCAAAAGAAGGAGGUUCUUCUGCAUUUCUCUCUUGCCAGGCUUCCCCCGUCGGAGGACUGCACAUUUCUGCACAACUCUCCUGCAGCUUCUCUCUCCAUUUUAUGACCACACGACAAUGGUGAGGCUGUCCAAACCCAAAACUUUCCAAGCCUAUCUGGACAACUGCCACCGACGCUACAGCUGUGUGCAUUGCCGGGCACACCUGGCCAACCACGACGACCUUAUCUCCAAGUCUUUCCAAGGGAGCCAAGGCCGGGCGUAUUUAUUCAACUCUGUAGUAAAUGUUGGAUGUGGGCCAGCCGAAGAACGGGUCCUGCUGACAGGUCUACACGCUGUGGCCGAUAUCUACUGUGAAAACUGCAAAACCACACUUGGAUGGAAAUAUGAGCAAGCCUUCGAGACCAGUCAGAAAUACAAGGAGGGGAAAUAUAUCAUUGAACUCAACCACAUGAUCAAGGAUAAUGGCUGGGACUGAAAAGAGAGGGACAGCGGAAAGAAGCAGGAUCUCGCCACCUUUGGCUAAUGACAUGUAGUCGGUGGAGCCUGAGAAAUGACAAUUUCCACAAAACUUGCCUCUGCCUUCCCAGCCGAUGGGCUGCCACCCAAAUCACUUCUGGAUGCCUCUGAGUUGUGAAGGAGGAGGCGGAGCUUCUGCUGGGAGGCCACACCCAUGGCUCAGAUAUGAUGCCCUCACGUGGCAAAAGGAGGCAGUGCACAAGGAGACACCUAGGCCAGGGUCAGUGUGCAAGCAGGGUUUGGGAGGGGGAGGGGAGGAGUGUGUGUGUGUGGGGGGGGUUAUUGUACAGAGUGUGUAUUCAAAAAUUACGACAGCAAUUGUAUAGUGGAAAGCAGGGUUUGGGAGGGGGAGGGGAGGAGUGUGUGUGUGUGGGGGGGGUUAUUGUACAGAGUGUGUAUUCAAAAAUUACGACGGCAAUUGUAUAGUGGA